AACGAACAUGGUGGGUGAGCAGAUGGGGGCAUUCUGGCCAUCGCACUGUUGAACUUGCUGCAACCAGCGCACACGAUCGAUGACGGCGUCAAAGGAUGCUUCCCACGAGCACACGUCGUACCAUGGGAUGGAGACGCCGUCUUCUCGGACCGUGAACCUGAUCCCUCCGCCCGACAACGACGCGGCCAUCGAACCACCGAAGAAGAUCGCGACGCUUCGUCAGCUCUUUCAAUAUGCCGACUCCACCGACCUCUGGCUCAUGGGAUUGGGGUCGAUAGCUGCAGCGGGUGCUGGGUUUUCCCAGCCGCUGCAAGUGCUUCUUUUUGGCGAAAUUAUGAACUCGUUCAACCCACCGCCGCCAAACUCGACUGCACUGCCGACGCUCGCCGACCUCGAAACGAUGCAGUCGUCCUUGUCCACCGGUAUCAACGAAGUCGCCGUCAAGUUUAUUUGGAUCGGGCUGGGCGUCCUCGUGUGUGGAUUCGGUCAAGUCGCGUGCUGGACCAUCACGGCAAGUCGCCAGAGCAAGCGCAUCAAGGAGCACUACAUCCGUGCGAUUUUGCGUCAAGAGAUCGGGUGGUUCGAUGUGAACAACCCGAUGGAACUGGCCACCAAAGUGGCGGACACAACGCUGAUCAUCCAUGACGGAAUGGGGCGCAAACUCGGGGACGGGAUCAACUUUUUGGCGAUGGGGAUCGGCGGCCUUGUGCUCGGCAUUGUGAAGGGCUGGAAAUUGGCGUUGGCGCUCCUCGGGUUCACUCCCAUUAUUGGCCUUGCCGCUUUCUUCAUGAUGAAGUCGCUGACCAACGCCGUCCAAGCGUCGGUUGCGGCGUACGCCAGUGCCGGCGGGGUUGCCGAAGAGUCGCUCUCCAACAUCCGCACGGUCCAAAUGUUCAACUCGAUGGAGGCUUUCGUGUCCAAGUACAAAGCCGCGCUACUCAAGACCGAAAAAGCCGGCAUCAAGAAGGGAUUGUCCAUCGGGCUCGGUGGCGGCAGCGUCUUCGGCAUGAUGUUCGUCACGUACGCGUUUGGCAUGUGGUAUGGCGCCGUCCAAGUCGCGAACGACCAGCUAACGUUUCCCAAAUGCACGGAAAACUGCUACGACGGCGGCCGUGUGCUCACGGUCUUUUUCUGCAUUAUCAUGGGCGGUAUGGCGAUGGGUCAGGCGGGUCCAAGCAUUCAGGCGGUGUUCUCGGCACGUGCAGCGGCCGGAGUUGUGUUCGAAACGAUUGAUCGGCCGUCGCGGGUCGACGGCACGGCCGACACGGGGGACACGUUGAGCGCUGUCGCAGGUCACAUUGAACUCGAUGCGAUCUCGUUCCACUACCCAUCGCGCCCGGAUGUUCAAGUGUGCAAUGGGUAUUCGGUGAAGAUCCAGGCAGGGGAAAAGGUCGCGCUCGUCGGUCCGAGCGGCAGCGGCAAGUCCACGAUUGUGUCGCUGCUCGAGCGCUACUACGAUCCCAUCGAAGGAACCGUCAAGCUCGACGGGCACGACCUCCGAUCGCUCAACGUCAAGUGGCUCCGCGCGCAGUUUGGACUCGUCGGCCAAGAGCCGGCAUUGUUUUCAUGCUCGAUAGCCGACAACAUUCGGUUCGGCAAACCGGACGCGACCCUGGACGAGAUCCAGGAGGCGGCGAAACAAGCCAACGCGUACGACUUUAUCAUGGCGUUUCCAAGCGGGUUCGACACCGAAGUUGGCGAGCGAGGAACGCAAUUGUCUGGCGGCCAGAAACAACGCAUUGCGAUUGCCCGCGCAAUCAUUAAAAACCCCGCGGUACUGCUGCUCGACGAAGCGACGAGCGCUUUGGAUGCUGAGAGCGAACACGUCGUCCAAGCGUCGCUGGAUGCCCUCCUUGCAAAGCGCCAGCGCACGACAAUCAUCAUAGCUCACCGGUUGUCAACGAUUCGCGAUGCCGACCGCAUCAUCGUGCUCAACGAAGGUCAUGUUGUCGAAGAAGGGAACCAUCACGACUUGAUGAGCCGCCCCCAUAGCCAGUACAAGAAACUGGUCGAGGCUCAAGCACGUCCUGUUGCCAAUGCGAACCCGUCGACGAAGCACGCGGCAGCUUCGGGUGCUGUGCAUGUUACGCACACCGAGCAGUCGGUCGUGUCGACGGAGGUGGCGGGAGAACGCGCGUCUGCCGACGUCCCGACCAAAUUCACCGCCUUGGGUCGUCUCUGGCGACUGAAUGCCCCGGAAGCGUGGUACAUAGUCGUUGGAUCCAUCGGCGCACUCGUCAACGGCGCCGUCUUCCCCGUCUACGGCCUCGUCUUUGUGAACGUGACGGUCUUGUACUUCAAGUACAACUUGACCCCCGAUCAAAUGAAAGACGAAGCGCUCAAGUGGUCCAUCGCAUUUCUCAUCAUUGCCGCGACCUACUUCAUCGCAGCAACGGCGCAAAACUACUCGUUCGCAGUCGUAUCAGAGCGCCUGACCCGUCGUUUACGGGAACAAGGAUUCCUCGCCAUGCUACACCAGGACAUUGGGUGGUUUGACUCGCAGUCGUCGGGGGCCCUCACGACGCUCCUGGCCACCGACACUGCGAUCAUUCAGUCCAUGACGGGCGACCUCCUCAAUCGCGUGUUCGUGGCAGGGUCCACGUUGAUUGUGGCGUUUUCGAUCGGGUUCUACUACAGCUGGCAAAUGACGCUGGCCUUGAUUGGGGUAUUUCCCCUGUUGGGGAUGGCUACGUACGCUCAAAUGGCGCUGAUGGCGGGCCAAGGCAAAGCGUUGAAUGACGGCGACGUUAAAGCGGGGGCUCUCCUGUCUGAAUCCAUCAACUCGAUCCGCACCGUCGCGUCGUUCACGUUGGAAGGCCAAGUGCACAGUCGGUAUGUGGGCCACUUGGACGCGUCGUCAACAAAAGAUGUGAAGAAAGGGAUGCUCGGCGGCGUCGGGUUUGGCGUGAGCCAAGGCGUUUUGUACUUCACCUUGGCGUUGUUGUUUUGGUUUGGUGGAUGGCUGAUCGUCAACAAGCACGUCAACUUUCAAGAGAUGUUUACUGUCAUGAUGUGCAUCAUGCUGAGCACAUUUGGCAUCGGGCUGGCGGCGCAGGACCUUGCGGAUAGCGGCAAGGCGCAACAGGCCGCCAUCCGCCUCUUUGACACGAUCGAUCGCCAACCAACCAUCGACUGCAAGUCGACCACAGACGGAGACACGCUGUCGUCCGUCCAAGGCGCGCUGGAGUUUGUGAAUGUCAAGUUUGCCUACCCCAGCCGCCCCCACUCGAUCAUUUACGACGGGUAUUCACUGAAGGUGCCGAGUGGCGCAACGGUGGCGCUGGUGGGAGCCAGUGGAUGUGGCAAGAGCACAGCGAUCUCCAUGCUCGAGCGCUUCUACGAUCCGUUGGAAGGCUGUGUGUUACUCGACGGUGUGGACAUUCGGACUCUCAAUGUCCAAUGGCUGCGGCAACACAUCUCUCUCGUGGGCCAAGAACCAGUCUUGUUUGCCGGUACGAUUGCCGACAACAUUGCGGCGGGCAAGGAAGGCGCUACGACGGCUGAGAUCGAAGAUGCCGCCAAGAAAGCCAACGCACACGACUUUGUCAUGCAGUUUCCAGACAAGUACCAAACCCAGGUGGGUGAUCGAGGGGUGCAAGUGUCUGGCGGACAAAAACAGCGCAUUGCCAUCGCCCGCGCGAUACUGCGGGACCCAGAGGUGCUACUCCUGGACGAGGCGACGAGUGCGCUCGACAACGAAAGCGAACGUGUCGUCCAGGCGAGUUUGGACGCGCUGCUUCAACUCAAGCGCCGCACCACCAUCAUCGUAGCUCAUCGACUGUCCACAAUUCGCAAUGCCGACAUCAUUGCGGUCACGGACGGCGGCAAGAUUGUCGAGCAGGGCACCCACGACGAGCUCAUGGCAAUUCCGAAUGGCAAGUACGUGCAACUCGUGCAGCGCCAAGUGUCUGCAUAAUGUACAUUGUCUACGCA